AAAUAUACAGAUUAAUAUAAGAAAAACCCUUAUUUUCUUUUCACUCACUUCUUCUCUUAUAUAAACAACCCUUUUCUCUUGUGUGGCUUUAUACAUACAUACUUUACCACACUAAUAUAUUAUCCCUUCUUCUUCUUCUUCUUCUUCUUCUCUAUAUAUAUGUGUGUUUAUAUUUGACAAAAGUAUAGCAAGUGUGUUUGGAUAGUGAGAAAGAGUAAAGGGUAAUUAAGUAUAGUGUUAGUUUUUUCCCGGAAAAUUAAGAAAAUGGAAGGAGUUGUUCAUCCGGGAACAGACACAUCUGCUUUCAGAGAUUGUUUCUCUUUGGCUUGGAAGAACCCUUAUGUUCUUCGCCUUGCUUUCUCCGCUGGAAUUGGUGGCCUUCUUUUUGGCUAUGACACAGGAGUGAUAUCAGGAGCUCUUCUUUACAUUAGAGAUGACUUCAAGUCAGUGGACAGAGAGACCGUCUUGCAGGAGAGCAUAGUGAGCAUGGCAGUGGCUGGUGCCAUAAUAGGAGCUGCGAUUGGGGGAUGGAUGAAUGACCGCAAAGGGAGGAGAACUGCACUCCUCGUAGCAGAUUUCUUAUUCUUCGUUGGAGCAGUGGUCAUGGCAUCAGCUCCGAGCCCCGCCCUUCUGAUCGUCGGCCGGGUUUUCGUCGGUUUUGGGGUUGGAAUGGCGUCCAUGACAGCUCCCUUGUACAUCUCAGAGGCCUCUCCUGCUAAGAUUAGAGGUGCCCUUGUUAGUACCAAUGCAUUUCUCAUCACCGGAGGCCAGUUCUUAUCUUACCUCAUCAAUUUGGCAUUCACCAAGGUCCCGGGGACAUGGAGGUGGAUGCUUGGAGUUGCUGGGUUACCAGCUUUGGUGCAAUUUGUCUUGAUGCUUUUUCUUCCCGAAUCACCUCGUUGGCUUUUCCGCGAGGGCAGAGAAGAAGAAGCAAAGGCCAUUCUACUUAAAAUCUACCCUGCUGAAGAGGUAGAAACCGAAAUGCAAGUUCUAAAGGAGUCAGUGGAGGCAGAACUCCACGAAAAAGGAUCUUCAGCCGAGAAAAUCAACAUUUCCCAACUCUUGAAAACCAAAACAGUCAGAAGAGGCUUACUAGCUGGUGUAGGCCUCCAAAUCUUUCAACAAUUUGUAGGCAUCAACACUGUCAUGUACUACAGCCCCACCAUAGUUCAGCUAGCUGGCUUCGCUUCCAACCAGACGGCGCUCCUCCUCUCCCUCGUCACCGCCGGCCUCAACGCCUUGGGCUCCGUUGUCAGCAUCUACUUCGUUGACAGGACUGGAAGGAAGAAGCUUUUGGUGAUCAGUUUGUGUGGUGUCAUUGUCUCCCUCGGCCUCUUGUCUGCCGUUUUCCACCAGACUACUACUCAUUCCCCGGCGGUGAGCACCUCGGCCACGUCGCAUUUUGGAAACUACACUUGCCCGGAUUACAGCUCGGCUGGAGCUGGUGCUGGAACUUGGGACUGCAUGAAGUGUUUGAAGGCUUCUAAACCGGAUUGUGGAUUUUGUGCUUCUGCAAACGACAAGUUACUUCCUGGGGCUUGUUUGAUAUCAAACGACACCGUUAAGGACAUGUGCAAAAAAGAAGACAGGCUAUGGUACACAAGGGGAUGCCCAAGCAAAUUGGGAUGGCUUGCACUCGUAGGCCUUGCCUUGUACAUAAUAUUUUUCUCACCAGGAAUGGGAACAGUUCCAUGGAUUGUAAACUCAGAGAUAUACCCACUAAGAUUUCGUGGUGUGUGUGGAGGAAUAGCAGCCACAGCAAACUGGAUUUCAAAUCUGAUUGUGGCCCAAUCCUUCUUGUCCUUGACCCAAGCCAUUGGGACCUCUUGGACGUUUUUGAUAUUUGGGGUGAUUUCAGUUGUGGCCCUAAUCUUUGUUCUGGUUUGUGUCCCAGAAACAAAGGGACUUCCCAUUGAAGAAGUUGAGAAGAUGUUGGAGACCAGAAGUUUGCACUACAAGUUCUGGGAAAACAACAUGCCUAGUAGCUCACUAGAGAAGCAACAAUCUGUUUAAUUAACCAUAGAUUAUAUUUAAAGCCAAAGUUGUUUUUGUAUGUUGGAAUUGGGAGUAAUUUGGGAACCUUGGUAUUUGGAUUUCAGACGAGUUCCCCAAGUUUAUAAAUAAUAUUGAAGAUUGUAAUGAUAUUGGUAUGAAGUUAUUAGCUA